AUGUAUGUUGGUAUUGGUCUCAGUCAUGGAGUACCGGGUUCAGGUAGAAAAUUUUCAACCGUAGCUGUUGUUGCAUCAGCCGACGAUAUACCCAAUCGAUAUUUCAAAGAAGUUUACGUCCAAGAACGAUUAGAAAAAGAAACACGAGGGCAAAGCCGUGAAUAUGUUGUAGAUAUGAAAGAUAUUAUGAAAUCUCUUAUUAGUCAAUAUGACAAAUAUCAUGGUUAUCCACCAAAAGCGAUUGUUAUCUAUCAUGAUGCAAUUUCAAAUAGUGAAUUUGAUAAUGUAUUCGAACAAGAACUCACGGCAAUACGAGAAGCUUGUGUUGAAUUAUUAUCAAUCUAUCAACCUUGUCUUACUUAUAUUGUGGUCAAUAAAAGACAUCAUACCAGAUUUUUUCCAACCGAUUCCAAGGGUAAUGUUAAGGCUGAUACAGUUGUUGAUUCACAUGAAGUUACUAAUCCUACAACUUAUGAUUUCUUUUUGAAUAGUCACCAUGCAGAAAAAGGAACAAGUCGUCCAGCACAUUAUCAUGUUUUGUACGAUGAUAAUAAACUAAAACCAGAUCAAGUUCAAAUGUUAAGUUAUGCUCUUUGUUAUGCAUCUGCUCGUUGUACACGUUCAAUAUCUAUUCCAGCACCUGUAAAAUAUGCUGAUUUAUUAACCUUUCGUGCAAAUCUCUAUAUCAAUAGAAAUGGCCAAAUCCAUACAGAAUCAGAGGUUGCAGAACAGACUACUCUAGUGGCUCAAACUGAACAUGUCAAAGAUGGGAUAAUGAGUAAACGCAUUGUGUUAAGUUCGAAAUUAGCACCAGAUUCUCCUUUCUUUUUAUAA